AUGCAGCAUCCCCGCCUCACCUUGCUCGCGAUCGUGUCAUUCUACGCCGAACGCGUGGUCUCGGCGUCCUGCAAAGCUUCGACGAUCAGGAAAGCCCUGCCUGACCUCCUCGGAGUCGAGAUCAAGAAUGUGAAAGCGGAGGAGGUUCUGCAAUGGAAUGAGUAUGCGACUUCGGCGCCGACGGUGCCGUUUUUGCCUGUGCAGCCGAAGCCGAUUGAUUUUUGUGAUGUUACGGUGACUUAUGGGCAUAAUGGCCAUGGCGAUGAGAUUAAUGUGAAAGUCUGGCUGCCAUUGAAAGACGAGGACUGGAAUGGCCGAUUCCUCGGACAAGGAGGUUUGGGAUGGGCCGCCGGCAACGUCGGCGCCCUCGCAGGCGGUGUAGGAAUGGGCUACGCCACCGCCGACUCAGACACCGGACACACCUACAACGGACACCCAGCCGACGUAGCCCUCAGCUCCACCAGCUGGGCCUUCACAGGCAAAGGAAACGUGAACCUCCACGCCUUACAAAAUUUCGGCUACCGCGCUCUAGAAGAACUCACCCUCCUCGCCAAAUCCGUGACGGAAACUUACUACGCCAAAGACAUCGCCUACUCCUACUGGCAAGGCUGCAGUACCGGUGGAAGGCAAGGUUUGACAAUGGCCCAACGCUUCCCAACCCUCUACAACGGCAUCCUCGCCGCCGCCCCCGCCAUCAACUGGGUCACCUUCCUCAUCACCGAAUACUACGCCCACGUCCGCAUGUCUUCCCUCAAUUACCACCCACCCGCCUGCGAACUCCUCGCCAUCCGCGACUUCGCCAUCACCGCCUGCGACGACCUCGACGGCGUCCGCGACGGAAUCAUCGCCGCCCCCGGCGACUGCACCUUCUCCCCCUUCUCCGUCGUUGGGGAACCUUACACCUGCGACGGUGAGGACCGUAAAAUCACCCCUCAAGCCGCGGAGAUCGCAGCCGUGGUCUGGAGCGGUCCCAACAACACAGAUGGGAACCCGAUCUGGUACGGUCUCUCCCCGGACUCCCUCCUCCCCGGCGCCGACCCCCUCUACAAAGGUCUCGCCCGCACGACCUGCUCUCCUUCCUCCACCGACGCCAGCGACUGCAAAUCCGACCCAUUCCCCAUUUCCGCCGACUGGAUCCGAAAUUGGAUCCUCCGCGACCCCUCCUACGACCUCUCUUCCAUCGACACGGAUUCCAAAUUCCUCGAUAUACUCAAGAUCUCACAAGAUGAAUACCACUCCCUCAUGGACUCCGCGAUCCCCGACCUCCGCACUUUCAAGCAAAGUGGCGGGAAAAUCCUCACCUGGCAUGGAUUGGCCGAUCAACUCAUUCCUCCCAACGGCACCAUCGACUACCACGAGCGGGUCGCAGCCCACACCUCCUCCUCCUCCUCCUCUAGCAGUAUUAAAGACUUCAUGCGCCACUUCGAAGUCCCCGGCCUAGCGCAUUGUUUCGGCGGUCCUGGGCCUUUCCCGCUCACCGCUUUCAAUAGUCUGGUGGAGUGGGUGGAAAAGGGAGUCGCGCCGGAGAAAUUGGGGACCGUGCAGUUACCGGGUAUGGAUGGCAGUCCGCCGGAGGUGGUGAGGGGACGGGUGGUUUGUGCGUGGCCGAGGGUGGGGGUUUGGGAUGGGGUGGGGGAUGUGAAUGAGGAGGGGAGUUGGAGGUGUGAGGAGGGGUUUCCGGGGGGGUUGGUUGGGGAGAGGGAGGGGCAUGAUGAGUUGUAA